AUGGGUAAUAAUCCCGUGUUUGCCGUCACAGUCUUUUUCAUUCUCUUCCGAGAAUGUAUCGAGACAACAGUGGUUAUCUCGGUCCUAUUGGCCUUCUUGAAGCAGACCCUGGGAGGCGAGGAGGACAAGAAGACGUAUAAAAAGCUAGUGAAACAGGUCUGGCUUGGAUGUGGAUUAGGCGCGGGGAUUUGUCUAGCCGUUGGUGCCGGCAUGAUCGGUGCCUUUUAUGGUCUUGGAACAGAUACCUUCUCCGCCACGGAGGAUAUCUGGGAAGGCGUUCUGGGAAUCCUCGCCUCGCUGAUUAUUACUAUCAUGGGUGCCGCGUUGUUGCGGGUUUCUAAACUUCAGGAAAAGUGGCGGGUUAAGCUUGCAAAGGCUCUGGAGCACGAGCACACCCCGAAUGAGUCGCGAAAGAGUCGAUUUAAGCGCUGGACGGAGAAGUAUGCGAUGUUCAUACUGCCCUUCAUCACGGUGCUCCGUGAGGGUCUCGAGGCAGUCAUCUACGUUGGUGGUGUGGGCUUGGGACUGCCAGCAUCAUCCUUCCCUCUCGCCGUCUUCUGCGGUCUGCUCGCCGGAUUUCUCGUUGGUUAUGUUAUCUACCGCGGUGGACGAGAGACCUCUAUGCAGAUCUUCUUGAUCGUCUCGACCUGCUUCCUUUACCUAGUGGCCGCCGGUCUCUUCUCUCGUGGUGUCUGGUACUUUGAAAACAACACUUGGAACCACCUGGUCGGCAGCGACACCUCAGAGGUCGGCUCCGGCCCGGGAUCGUACGACAUCGACAAGAGCGUGUGGCAUGUCAACUGCUGCAACCCUCAGAUCGGCGGCGGUGGUGGCUGGGGUAUCUUCAACGCUCUGCUCGGCUGGACCAACUCGGCCACAUUGGGCUCAGUCCUUGCAUACAACUUCUACUGGAUCUGUGUGAUGGUCGGCUACGGCUUGAUGAUGUGGCGGGAGCGCAACGGACCCCUGCCUUACCUGGACCCGGCCGCAAAGAAGGUUGCUCAGGCCAAGGGUCGGGCAAAGGCCUUUGUGUUCCGCACCCCGUUCGAUCAGCCUUAUACGGAUGAACCCAUGACUGCUGGCCCUUCUCAUGCGAGCGGUGCGAAUCUCGAAGCAGGCGUGCUGCGGACGGAGAAGGGUGCGGAGUCUGCGGUUGCACGACUCCCGUCGGUCUAG